UGUGUUUUCUGUAAUCGGAUCUGGUCCUGACACAGACACACACUUCAGUACCGCGAGCUGUAGCUGAAGCCUUUCGGGUUCUUCGUUAAGGCGAUCUGGCGGAAGCGGAUUACCGGAUUUAAACCCGUCUAAUACACCUGUUAAUAAAUCAGUUCCGGUUCCGUUGGUGUUGGGCCGUGCGCCAUGGCCGCGCUGUUCGAGUGCAGGGUCCAGUUUUUGGACGACACCGACCCGUUUAACAGCACCAACUUCCCGGAGCCCGCGCGCCCGCCGCGGUUCGCCUUCCGCCGGGACUCAGCGCUCGGAGACCAGCUGGCCGCCGUGCACGCGCUCCUGUCCGCGCCGCACAAGUUAGAUGACUGUGCUCUUCAGCUCUCUCAUAAUGGCACAUAUUUGGAUUUGGAAUUGUCUCUUGAUGAACAGAUUGAUGAACUGGAGGGCUUUGAGCAGUUCGACUGUGGAAUAAAGGGAAAGAAACACAGUAUUAUCCUGAGGACUCAGCUGAGUGUCCGUGUUCACGCCUGUAUUGAAAAGCUGUAUAACUGUAAUGGCAGAGAUCUCAGAAGAGCUUUAUUCUCUCUCAAACAGAUAUUUCAGGAUGAUAAGGACCUGGUCCAUGCAUUUGUGACAGCAGGAGGACUCACAUGUCUGAUUAAAGUCGGAACAGAAGCAGAUCAGAACCAUCAGAACUACAUCCUGCGAGCUUUAGGUCAGAUCAUGCUCUAUGUGGAUGGCAUGAAUGGGGUCAUAGGUCAUCAGGAGACUAUCCAGUGGCUCUACACUCUGAUUGGAUCAAGGUUCCGUCUGGUCGUAAAGACGGCACUGAAGCUCCUGCUGGUUUUUGUGGAAUAUUCAGAGUCCAACGCAAUGCUGCUCAUUCAAGCCAUUAAUUCUGUUGAUGCAAUGAGAGGAAGGAAACAGUGGUCCAACACCAUGGAGAUAUUAAAUGAGAAAGACGGAGUAGACACAGAGCUGCUAGUGUACACCAUGUCCCUCAUUAACAAGACUCUGGCAGCUCUGCCUGAUCAGGAUUCCUUCUAUGACCUGGUGGAUGUUCUAGAGGAGCAGGACAUUAAACACAUGACCUCACGCUACAGCACACACAGGAGCACUGAUCCUGAACUCCGGGAGCAGAUCAGAAUCUAUGAGGUAACACUACAGCUUGAGGAUGGUGAUGAUGAUGGGCAGGCCCUGCCCAAAGGUUUCUAUGGAAACCUCGGGUCCACCACCAGCAGGGCGAAGGGUCAGGGAUUAGAGAGGCGCCACAGUCGAAGGCACUCAUUGGGCAAAACGGGCCACGGCUCCCCUUUAAACCCCGCCUCCUUACAUGGGAAGAACAGGAGUGAUGAGACAGAGGAGUGUGAAGAAGGGGAGGAGACUCCACUUACAGAGUCAUACUCAGAUGAUGAUGAUGGUGAUGUUGAAGAGAAAGAAACUAAACCCUUUAGUCAGAGUCUUAUCAGUGACCAGUCAGUUCGUCCUGGUACAGAAGUAGAGCAAGUGAAGUGUGUGGAGGUGUCUGAGGGCUACGUCAAGCCACCAUCUUUGCUAGAAACUUUACUAGCCGAGCGCAAGUCCUCAGUCACAGUUCCACCCUGCUCAGAGAUGACUCCACCCUUUCGUGGCUCCACCCACCCACAGAGGCUCCUCCCAUACAUCCCUCACUCUCCAUUUCAUCUCUUUUCCUAUGACAUCGAGGAGGAGGUGGAGCUAAAACAGAGGAACAGUGAAAGGCAGGUGCAAUUAUUUCCCACUCAGCAGAAUGACAGACCUCCUCUUCUUCUGUCCUCCUCCUAUCGGCAGCAUCAGGAAUCCCUGGCAGCAGAGAGAGAGAGGCGGAGGAUUGAAAGGGAGGAGAGACUACAGCGGUUAGAGAGAGAAGAGAGGAAUCGACACAGUCGGGACUACGCUGUGAACAUGGAAGAGGCUCGAUUAGCUCGAGAGGAAAGAUUUAAAACUGCAGAAAGGUUAGCAGCAGAGGAACAUGAGCGAAAACAGAUGCACUCAGCACCUCAUGGCCUCUCAGACUUCUGUCAAACAUCUCAGGAUGACACACCUGCUUCUGUCAUAUCACAGGAGGCUCUGGAAAUAUCCUCUACACCACACCAGCCAGACAACGAGUUAGUAUCAGAUGAGUCUCUCACCAUCUCAAACCCUGAACAAAAAAAACAGGAAGGGGAACAAGAGGAGAUUCAUGUUGAUCAGGUAAUAGAAGAGGCAGCAGCAGAAGUAGAGGAGCCUGUAGAGGAGGAGGACAGGCCUGACACAGAAGUGGAAGAGCCAGAUACCAAUAUUCAGGAUGCAGAAGUGGAAGACAGUGGAAUCUUGAGCGAUAAAGAACGACAGAAUGAAGGAGUGAACGAGAAGGAUAAUUGCUCAGCAUCUAGUAUCUCAUCAUCUAGCAGCACUCUUGAGAGAGAGACAGGUCUUAGCAGUGAGCAAUGUAGAGACAUCCUAAACAGCAAAUUGUUUAUGAUGGACAUGCUCUACUCGCAGAGCAUGAAACCUGGUGAGGAAGAAGAGGAGGCAGACCUUGAAAAGGAAGCUGGAACACAAGAAAAUGAAAGUGUGGAGUCACUUGUGGUGGGCAGGUCUAAUGUAAGUGAGGAAAACAGCGGUGAGAAGAAGCUUGAGAGUGGAACAGUACGAGCUUUUGCUGAACGCUUUGGAGACCUUGUCAAAGGCCUGAGCUCUCCACCAGUUGAGUUGCAGGAAGAAAAGAAGCCUCUCCCUCUAACACCACUUCAAAUGCCCAAAAGAGAAUCUGACCAAAUGUGGGAGAAUCUAAUGACAGAGCCUCAUGAGCUACGCAUCAGAGACAUUGACUUUACAGAUUUGGUUGAUGAUGAUGAUCAGGACAUCCUUUAUUCAGGAGAUUUAAUUGGGUCAGAAGGUCUGGCUCCACCCCCUCCUCCCCCUCCUCCAUGUCCCUUCAACAUGACCCCUCCCCCACCCCCCCCUGCCCCUGGAGCAUGGCCAGCCCCACCUCCACCCCCUCAGCCAGAGGGCCCUCUCUUCCAGAAGAAGAAGAAGACAAUCCGUCUUUUCUGGAGUGAGGUGAGGCCGGAUGAGUGGAGGUUUCUGGGUCUAAGACGUGGACAUUUGUGUUUAUGGUCAAAACUGGAAGCAGUCAAACUGGACAUAAGUAAACUGGAGAACUUGUUUGAGAGCAAAUCCAAAGAAUUGAAUGUAACUAAGAAAACAGCGGUGGAGGGUAAAAGGCAAGAGAUAAUUGUCCUGGAUUCCAAACGCAGUAAUGCUAUUAACAUCGGGCUCACUGUGCUCCCUCCACCACGAACCAUCAAAUCUGCAAUACUCAAUUUUGAUGAAUAUGCACUCAACAAGGAGGGCAUUGAGAAGCUACUGAUGAUGGUUCCAACUGAAGAGGAGAAGCAGAGAAUACAGGAAGCACAAAUGAUGAAUCCUGAUGUUCCUCUGGGCAGUGCUGAGUCCUUCCUAUUAACUCUUUCUUCCAUCAGUGAACUCUGUGCUCGCCUCCACCUCUGGGCCUUCAAAAUGGACUAUGAAACAAUUGAGAAGGAAGUGGCAGAGCCUUUACAGGACUUGAAGGAGGGCAUGGAGCAGCUGGAGAAAAAUAAAACAUUCCGCUUUAUACUCUCAGCCGUGCUUGGUAUUGGCAACUUCCUUAAUGGAUCUAGUGCUAAAGGUUUUGAGCUGAGUUACCUGGAGAAGGUUCCAGAAGUGAAGGACACACUUCAUAAACAAUCUCUGCUUCACCAUGUCUGUUCUGCAGUAGUGGAAAACUUCACAGAUAGCACAGACCUAUACUCAGAAAUCGGUGCAAUUACACGUUCUGCUAAGGUAGACUUUGACUUGCUGCAAGAGAAUCUGGCACAAUUGGAACACCGUUGCAAAGCAUCUUGGGAAAAUUUAAAGCUGAUUGCCAAGCAUGAGAUGAAACCAGCACUCAAGCAGAAGUUGACUGACUUCCUGCAGGAUUGUGCAAAGAAGAUUAUCAUAUUGAAAACUGUACAUCGUCGCAUUAUCAACCGGUUCCAUGUCUUCUUGCUAUUUCUGGGACAUCCAGUAUCUGGAAUUCGUGACAUCAGCAUUAAUCGGUUCUGCAAAAUUGUUAGUGAAUUUGCACUGGAGUACCGAACUACACGAGAGAGAAUACUCCAGCAAAAACAGAAACGAGCCGACCAUCGUGAAAGGAACAGAACUCGUGGCAAGAUGAUCAUGGAUAUCCAUGCUACAACUGAUGAUGAAGAAGAGAAUGGGGUGAAUCAGAGAGUCAGUAGCAGCUGCAGCAGUAAUGUCCCUACUUUAAGAAAAAAUGAAGUGCAGGGACUGAACCAUGAGGAAGAUGCAGCAGAGCAUGAAAGUAUGACAGCAGUAAUAAAGAGAAGCCAGCAGAGUAGCAGGACUGAGAUGUCUGGAGUACCAGGACUACGCACAAGGACAAGAGCAAGACCCAGUAGAAGUCGUACUGCAUUAGUAGCAGCAAAUGAAGAUGGCAUGACUGAUGAUCCAGCUGAUGAGAUCAUGGAAAGAAUAGUCCGAUCAGCUACACAAAAUUCACAAGAUCGUACCCAACCGCGUGAACGAAGACGCUCGCGUGCAAACCGUAAAUCAGUGCAAAGGACAUUAAAGAGUGAUGUAAACCCAGAGGAGGCACAAGCCCUGGGUUUGGAAGACUUUGUGAUGCAGUCAUAGCCCUCCUUGAAUCUGGGCCAGCCGGCCACUUCAUCUCCUGGCAAUUAUGCUCGGAUCUACACCGGGAAACCAUCAGAUUUCUGGUUCUAGAGAAUUCAACUGCGGAUGUCAUCUUAGGGCAACCGCGGUUAGUGUCAUCCGAAGCUCUCUUGGGAUACUGUUGAUGUGAGAAGAUGGAGUGAUUAUUGUUUCCAAUCAUGUUUUGCACAACUACCCAUUCCUCGCAUUCGUCCUUCUUUACCCAUACCAGUAUGUUCCACCACUAUCGAAAGCCCGAAGGCAGAUAUGUCAACCACCAUACCUGAAGACUACACAGAGUUUUAGGAUGUGUUCUGUACCAAGAGAGCUUCCAAAUUAGCACCUCAUCAGCCAUGGGACUGCACGAUUGACCUUCUGCCGGGUGAACCAGUGCCUAAAGGUAAUAUCUAUCCACUCACUAUCACAGAACAGGAGGCCAGGGAAAAAUAUCAGCGAAGCUCUUAGU